AUGAGUUCUGUCGGUGAAGAUAGACGAUCCGAGGUAGCACUUGCUCGCGAAUUGUUCGACUCCUUCAUGUCGCGCAGUUUGGCUCAGCUCACCUAUCCCUUCAUGGAGGAGGUCGAUCCCGAAGCACUUGGCCUUAAGGACUACCGAUCAAUCGUAACGGAACCAAUGUGGCUCAAGCGAAUGGGUGAAAAAUUUGACCAGGGCGUGUAUCGAAAUAUUCGUGAAUUUGUUUGCGAUUUUCGACUGAUGUUGCUGAAUUGCUACCGAUAUAAUGGGGUCACAUCACGUAUCGGUCGAAUGGCUGAAAAAAUGGAACUGCUGUUUGAGCAAAAACUACAACUGAUGCCACCAGAUAUUCGAGCAAAAUCAUCUAUUCAAGCUACAUUGGGCUCAGGUACUACGGAGGAUGAGCUGUCCGAUUGCGGUCUACCUCGACGUCGCAGCUCAAAUCGUUUAUUCGUGUCCGGCGAUUCUCGACAGUUGACACCUAUGCGUGCGAUCAUGGACGAACUGGAACAUGCAAUUCAGCCCGGUAGCGGUGGUGUGACCGCCUCACUUAUCCCCGGUCCGAAUGACUCGUCCGGUUUUUCUACUUCCACAUCCGGUCCGCAAUCAAUGAGUGCGGCCACUAGUUCGGAGGAGCGAGUUGCUAUUUUGGUUGCUCGAUUAAGUUUGUGGCGUGUUCGUAGGCUGGAGGAGGCUUUGCUAUCUACUUGGGCCACAUGGUGGAACGAUCAGGGAGGUCCGAUUGGACAGGAAAUUACGGAUCAUACACCCGAGCUACUAGAAGCCUAUCAGUUUUUAUGGCUUUCUGACCCAUUUCUCGGAAUCAGUGACUCACUGGCUUACUGCAGUCGCCUCACGCAACACGACGGACAUAUCAAUCAGCCGAUGGACCAAAACUCACGUGGCCUUUGCCUGUUCGACCUUGAACUCGCUUUUUCCGUUGCUCCGCAAGCUAGUCAGUUGUUAGCCACAUGCAUGACUAUUCUGUUAGCUACACCGAAAGAGAGAGGUCAGUUCGUGGCCGCCUUGUCGAACGCCACAAGUGCAUCGACUUGCAAUGACGAUACCGCUGCAGACGCAUCUAAUUCCAGCGGACGGCGUUCCCGAGCCGGUGCGAACAACCUUUUGGCUAGCGUAAAACCGCUUCCUUACAGGGUUUGGGAACGAAGAUUGGCAGCUCGGGUGGAAUCGUGGUACCGCGUCCUGUGGGAUCGAGGAAAGGGGCGUCUGCUAUCAGUGAGUUUUUUAUUACACAAAAUGUAG